AUGCGAUUGCUCAACACCUCUACGUUACAGGUGGAGGAGUUCCUGCAGAGCCAAGUGCCAGAUUACGUUAUCCUCUCGCAUACAUGGGGCUCUGAGGAGGUUACUCUGCAAGAUAUUCUGUCGAAUAUAGCGCCAUCGAAGAAAGGUUUUGCGAAGCUUGUCGGCUGUUGCAAAAGAGCGAAGGAUGAUGGCUUCAAGUACUCCUGGAUUGACACUUGCUGCAUCGACAAAACCUCGAGCGCUGAACUAUCGGAGGCGAUCAACUCAAUGUACCAAUGGUACAAAGGAGCCUGUAUCUGUUACGCGUACUUGGAAGACGUGCAAGGCAACCCGCAGCUAGACGACUACAAAGCUUUCAGCAAAUCUCGAUGGUUCACACGUGGGUGGACCCUGCAAGAGCUCAUCGCUCCUGGCAUUGUAGAAUUCUACAACGUAUCAUGGGUAGACAUCGGGACACGAAGUAGCCUCCAAAAGAGACUAACGGCCAUAACGGGUAUCAACGAGAAGAUACUUACUGGUGGAAAUCCUCUCAACUGCCCAGUUGCAGUAAGGAUGUCUUGGGCUGCGCGUCGAGAAACCAGCCGGGUUGAGGAUCAGGCUUACUGCCUUUUAGGAAUCUUUGGUGUGAAUAUGGCUCUUCUUUACGGAGAAGGUCAUAGGGCGUUUCUAAGACUCCAAGAAGAGAUACUUCCCAUUGAUGAAGACUACACCUUGUUCGCAUGGGAUGUAAACUCAUCGACAGGAAGCCUUUUAGCCAGUUCGCCUUCGCAGUUUCGUACCUUUAUGCCCAGAUCUGACUUACUGUUUGACGAACUCGAAGACUCUACCCAGAUACAUGAUCGCGACAACCUAUCAAGAACCCCUUUCUCGUUACUUCCCCCUCCGCAUGAUUCCAGGCCUCCGCAAGUAACUAGCCGCGGUAUCCAUAUUACAUUACCAAUUCUUCACUACCAAGAAAACACGUGGCAUGGCUUCCUUGCCGUAAUAAGAAUCGUACCAAACCAGACGUAUCUCUUGUGCGUCGAGUUGUCACAGAUAGGCAACGGAGAGAAUCGAUACGAGAAGACUUAUCGACACCAGGGAAGUCUUGUGCUCCGGCCUGGAAGCACUGUGGAAGAAUUUCGAUACACGUCUAUAUAUGUAAAUCCAUCCGUGGCCCAUUUUGACGAAGUUUUUCCCGCCGAUCGUGAAAAUUGGCAUCCUUCGAUAGUCCGAGUUGAGCUGGAUCGAGCUGUACUAUCCGAAAUUGCGUGCAUCGGUUCUAAUAUGAUCAACCUGCAAUCUCUAUACAAACAGAAGCCGAAUUCUGAACCCUCGAAUACCACAACCACAUUCCGAGGAAUCAAUCUAACGGAAUUUGAUAUCGCACCAGUCCGCCAACAAAUCUUUCUAGACAAACUCAGGACGAUAUCGAAAUCUCUGUGUAAAGAUCAUAGGGAUACUAGAACAGCAAUGACUGAUUUGCCGUAUAUAUACUACGGCUCGGCUUCCUGGGGUGGAGCCGGCAGUUUUCGGUUCCAUUUUAGUCAGACCGUCUUUCUAGACCUCGACUUCCCAUACGGUUUGGAGGGCGAGCCUUGUUUCACUGCCGAACUUAAGAUGGCGGGAAAACGUGGUUCCAUACCUAAGACUGUACAAGGACUGGAUAUAAGCAACGCAUCGGACCGUGCGACUCUACAGGUCAGGGAUAAAACAACUGGAGAUGACAAAGGAUUGCAUAUCAAGAUAGCUAUGCGACGUGUAGCAGCAUUAGCUAUCGCACCCAAUUCGAGGCACUUCGUUCUUAUACUCAGUGAAGAGCACAUGAUGAGAUGA